CCAAUGUAGAACCCAUGGAAUUUAGACGUGUUUUUUGGGCUUUUGCCCCUUCUAUUAAGGGGUUUGUACAUUGUCGAACGGUGAUUAGCAUUGAUGGCAUACAUUUGUAUGGUAAGUACAAGGGAACGAUGAUGAUUGCAAUGGGAGUUGAUGGCAAUAAUCAAAAUUUGCCACUAGCAUUUGCUAUUGUAGAAAAUGAAUCAUAUGAUAGCUGGAAUUGGUUUCUUUCUUUUAUCAAGAUUCAUGUGGUAAAGGAGCGUGAAGGCAUUUGUUUAAUAUCUGAUUGUCAUGGUGGAAUCCUAAAGGUAGUCAAUCAACAUGGAUCACCAUGUUUAGAGCCACAUGGUUUUCAUAGGUAUUGUUUACGUCAUUUUAUCAACAACUUUUAUGAUAAAUUUCGUAAUUCAUAAUUGAAAGAUCUAGCUUAUUGUGCCGGGAGUCAAAAUCAAUUUUGAAAAUUAAACUAAACCAUGUAAGAAAUUGGGAAGCUAAAUCCACAAGCUAGACAAUGGCUAAAGAGUCAUCCACUUGAUAGAUGAACACUUGCAUAUGAUGGUGGGAGGAGAUAUGGGUUGCUCACAACAAAUUUGUCGGAGAUUUUUAAUAGCGUCCUUAAUGUGCUCGUUUUUACCAAUCACGGCUUGUGUCCAACUUACUUUCUAUAGAUUGGUGCAUUAUUUUGAGGUGAGACGCCCUUUAGGAAAUAGUUCACGAGCUAAUGAAGAUGCAUAUACCCCUCAUGUUCUUGUCAAACAAAUAGCUUUGAUGUCAAAAGCAAUUGCACAUUCCUUGAAAUCUUUUAAUCGAGAGAAAGGUAUAUUUGAGUUGAUAACUCAAAGAGGAAGAAAUGUGCAAGUACUUAAUUUGGAGCAAAAAACUUGCAAAUGUGGUAAGUGGGAAGUGUUUAAAUAUCCUUGUUCUCAUGUAUUAAGUGCAUGUGCCACACUUUCUUUAAAUAGUUUGCAAUAUGUUGAUAAAUGUUACUCAAUUGAAAGUAUUGUGAUACUUGGGCAUCUGAAUUUUCCCCAUUUCCUCAUGAAUAGUAU